AUGUGCAACAAAGCAAAAACUUCAUGGCAUAAAAAUUCAAAAAGAAUAUUAUUACUGACACAUCAAGUCAAAGACCUAGAUUUUGUAGAGUUUCCAGAUGAAAUACACUACCGGACAGUCCAGACUUUUGAAAUUGAGCGAAGUAUGGACCAGAGUUUCCGGACGAAAUACACUGCCGGACAGUCCGGACUUUUGAGAUUGAGCGAGGAGUUUCCAGACGAAAUACACUACCAGACAGUCCGGACUUUGAAAUUGAGUGAGAGUUUCCAGACGAAAAACAUGACCAGACUUUUGAAAUGGAACGAGGAGACGCUUCCUGGUCUUCCUGGACUUCGAAAUGGACAUCUGAAAAAAAAAGGAAUGCUUCCUGAAGUGUUCUACUUUUUUUUGUAGAUUUCGGCUUUAAUUUUUUUUAUGUAAAAAUGUUUAUUAUAAUUAAACCACAAAUUCUUCGUUAUACUGAAAAAAAAAUUCGGUAUAAAAAAAAUCCGUUAUAUCGAGAGGCAUUUUUAUAUAAGCAAUUCACACACUUUACUUCGUACUACAUUAUACGGUAAAUAAAUAGUAAACUUCGUUAUAUCAAGGUUUUUUUUAUAUUUAAAAUCGGUACCACACUGGAAAUCCGUUAUAUCGUGUUAUUCGUUAUAUCGAGGUUCGC